CACUGCAUACCUACACAGUAAGAAAAGUGAUAGUGUUUUCCUGUGUUUUCUUUUAUCAGAGCUGAUAAGGACAGUUUAUACAGUAACUGUUGUCAACCGUUGAUUGUGUUCACAGAAUUAAAAGCAAUACACGAACAGUUUGCAUUUUUGCAAACUUGUUUUCGUUCCAGUUAUUCCUGUGUUCCACUGAUUGUGUUGUGUUGUGCCUGGCUGCUGCUGCCGCCUGCCUGCAGUUCCUCCUUUCACUUUCAACACAAAAAGAGAUACUGCUCCAUACUACAACCAGACUACAACCACCGCACCCAAAUAUCUAUUUUCGUGAUCGGCUGCUGUUGACGUGUACAGAGUCUGCUCGCCUGAAGAAGUCAAGUCGCUUCAAACGCAUCCAUCGAAUUCAACUGAUUGACCACCAGCAUAUUCUAUCGUCUAUCCCAUUUGCAGGCAAGCAUCACCAUGAUGAGAAUGCUGCAGACGAAAACGGUUCCGGUGGGGAGUCCGAUGCUGCGGAGGAUGCUCACCGCGGUCAGUACUCCCCCGCUUCCAGCGCUACCCCUCCCGAAGUUGGCCGACACCAUGAACAAGCUGCUCACCACAGUCGAACCGCACGUCACUCGAGAUGGCUACCAGCGCACCAAGCUGGCCAUCGAGAAGUUCAUGGCCCCCGGAGGUGACGGUGUCAAGCUGCAAAAACUGCUGGAAGAACGCGCCUCGAAGAAAAAGAACUGGCUUUCGGAUUGGUGGCUACAGUCGGCUUACCUGCAGUAUCGCGACCCGGUCAUCAUCUACUCCAGCCCCGGACUGGUGUUCCCCAAGCUGCGGUACGCCAAGGUGGACGAUCAGCUCAAGUUUGCGGCUCGGAUCACGUUCGGAGCUUUGCUGUACAAGCGAAUGAUCGACCGCGGUCAGAUGCGACCGGAAAUGAUGGGCAAAGCUCCACUGGAUAUGCAACAGUACAAUAAGAUCUUCGGAACUUGUCGAGUGCCUGGAUCGCCGGAGGACUCCCUGCAGUUCAACCCCGACUCGACGCAUAUCGUGGUCGCUUCAAACAAUCAGUAUUUUAAGGUUGAGGUGGGAAAUUCGGACAACCUUUUCGGCGAGGACAAACUGCUCACGAUGCUUCGGCAGUGCUACGACAUGUCCCAGCAGAAGGCUGCCCCGGUUGGAAUGCUUUCGGCGCUUCCACGAGACAGCUGGCACGAAGCCUACUCAGUAUUGAUGGCCGAUCCAAGCAACCAGGAAACGAUCAAAGCGAUCCAAAGUUCGCUGUUUGUCCUGUCGUUGGACUACUCGAUCGGAAACCCUUCAGGGGAUGACGCCAUAGACGCCUGCCACAUGCUCAUCCACGGAGGUGGAUCAAAAUCCAACUCCGGUAAUCGUUGGUACGACAAAACCCUUCAGCUGGUGGUCGGUCCCAACGGCGUCAACGGCCUCACCUACGAGCAUUCCCCGGCCGAAGGUCAGCCCAUCGCAGUCCUGACCGACUUCAUCAUCAAUCACAUUGCCAAAGGGGACCAGGGAGGAUCCGUACGAGAAGCCCCCGUCCCCCAGAAACUGACGUUCAACCUCUCCCCGCAAGCUCACGAGCUCCUCCAGAAGGCCGCCGUCAGCCACGACAAGCUGAUCGCCGAUCUGGACAUGAACUACCUCCACUACACCGGCUACGGCAAGAACUUCAUCAAAACCCAGAAGAUGAGUCCGGACAGUUUCAUCCAGAUGGCCAUCCAGUACGCCUUCUACAAACUCCACCGCGUCCCCGGCGCCCACUACGAAUCGGCCCAGACCCGAAUGUACGAAGCCGGCCGAACGGAAACCAUCCGGUCCUGCUCGAACGAAUCGGUCGCCUUCGCCCACGCCAUGUUGGAACCCUUCCGAACCAACAGAGAAAAAGCAUCCCGGCUGAAAGCCGCAGUCGACUCGCACAAACAGUACGCCUCCAAGGCCGUCCAGGGCUUCGGCGUCGAUCGCCACCUGCUCGGACUCAAACUGAUCGCCAAGGAGAACAACAUCCCGCUGCCGGAUCUGUUCAAAGACGAAGGCCUCCUAGCUAGUCAGCAUAUGCGGCUGUCCACCAGUCAGGUUGCCUCGCGGUAUGACGCCUUCAUGUGCUACGGACCGCUGACCAGCGAUGGGUAUGGCUGCUGCUACAACCCAAAGGACAACGACAUGUGGUUCGGAAUUUCCUCGUGGAAGUCCGAUCCGGUGACGGACUCGGUGUCGUUCAGGAACUGUCUGCAGCAGGCCCUGGACGAGAUGUUCGAGGUGCUGAGCGCGUGCAGCGCGCCGAGUAGCAAAUUGUAAGGGGUGUGCAAUUCGAUAAUAGUUGUAUGAUUUUUAUAUGCUUGUUGAGCGAUAAGAGCUUUGAUAAAUCGGUGACGGUUUUAUUAUUGAAA